AUUGAGGGCGUGACGAAAAGCGGCGCGUCAGGGCAAGAUGGCGGCGCGGAGUGUUGCUCUGUUGAGGUGGCUGGGGAGCUGCUAUUGCAGGACUGGGGCUGGGGCUGGGGUGCAGGCCUUGGUUCCCCGCCGGGCCCUCGGACACUCUCCUCGCGAUGAGGCUACAUCCUCCAUCGUAGUCCAGGAGCCCGUCCUUGGUGUCGGGCAUGGAGACGCUCCGCAUCGCGAGGUGAACCUGUUUGAUAAGAACCCGGAGUACCACGGCUUCAGCGCGGACCCUGUGGUGGACGUGUGGAACAUGAGGCUCGUGUUCUUCUGCGGCGUCUCCGUGGCCAUCGUUAUAGGCUCUGCCUUCGUCCACUACUUGCCGGACCGAGGGAUGCGGCAGUGGGCCAGGAGGGAGGCAGAACGACAGCUGAAGCAAAGAGAAGCCGAGGGGCUCCCAGCCAUUAGCAUGAACUACUUCAACCCGGACAAGAUCAUCCUCCCUCCCGAGGGCGAGGAGUGAGGGGAGGGCCAGUCCUGUCCUUUGACCGAGCGUGUCACUGCUGAUAAUAAAGUAUUGAAUU